CAAGAUACAAGAAUAACUCCAUCCCUGCCCAAACUGGAUCUCCAUGUUAUUCCUGUGUGGCAAAAAGGGAUUACAGGCAAGGGUGUUGUCAUCACAGUACUAGACGAUGGCUUGGAGUGGAAUCACACUGACAUCUAUGCUAACUAUGAUCCAAAGGCAAGUUACGAUUUCAAUGACAACGAUCAUGAUCCCUUUCCUAGAUAUGACCCAACAAAUGAAAACAAACAUGGGACUCGGUGUGCAGGAGAAAUUGCCAUGCAAGCCAACAACAGAAAAUGUGGAGUUGGAGUAGCCUACAAUUCCAAAGUUGGAGGUAUACGUAUGCUGGAUGGAAUAGUCACCGAUGCUAUUGAAGCCAGUUCAAUCGGUUUCAAUCCAGAACAUGUGGAUAUUUACAGCGCAAGCUGGGGCCCUAAUGAUGAUGGUAAAACUGUGGAGGGACCCGGGAGGCUGGCACAGAAGGCUUUUGAGUAUGGGAUAAAACAGGGCCGAAAUGGGAAAGGCUCCAUUUUCGUAUGGGCUUCUGGGAACGGAGGCCGUCAGGGUGACAACUGUGAUUGUGAUGGUUACACUGAUAGUAUCUACACUAUCUCCAUUAGCAGUGCUUCUCAGCAAGGCCUUUCUCCCUGGUAUGCAGAGAAGUGCUCUUCAACUCUGGCCACAGCAUACAGCAGUGGGGAUUAUACUGACCAAAGAAUUACAAGUGCUGAUCUUCACAAUGAAUGUACAGAGACUCACACUGGGACCUCUGCAUCUGCACCACUGGCAGCCGGAAUUUUUGCUCUAGCGCUGGAAGCAAACCCAAAUCUGUCAUGGAGGGACAUGCAGCACUUGGUAGUGUGGACCUCAGAAUACGAUCCACUGGCUGGAAAUCCAGGAUGGAAAAAGAAUGGAGCGGGACUGAUGGUCAACAGCCGAUUUGGGUUUGGACUACUCAAUGCCAACGCAUUGGUAGAUUUAGCUGAUCCCAAAAGAUGGAAAGGUGUACCAGAAAAGAGAGAGUGCAUUGUCAAAGACAAAAGCUUUGAACCAAGAUUAUUAAGAGCAAAUGAGGAAGUAAUCAUUGAAAUUCCCACAAAAGCCUGCGAGGGUCAAGAUGACUCCGUUGCAUCUCUGGAGCAUGUGCAGCUUGAGGCAACAAUUGAGUAUUCCCGUAGAGGUGAUCUUCAUGUCACUCUGGUAUCUCCAUCAGGGACCAGCACUGUCUUACUGGCUGAGAGAGAGAGAGAUAAAUCUCCCAAUGGCUUUAAGAACUGGGACUUCAUGUCUGUUCACACAUGGGGAGAGAAUCCAACAGGCACCUGGGUUUUAAGAAUUACUGAUGUGUCCAGAAGAAUACAAAAUGAAGGAAGGAUUGUAAACUGGAGAUUGAUUUUGCACGGCACUGCUGCCCAGCCUGAACAUAUGAAGCAGCCACGUGUGUACACGUCCUACAAUGCUGUGCAAAAUGACAGAAGAGGAGUGGAGAAGAUGACGGACUUUGUAGAG